AUGGCAUGUUCAAAGAUAUUUUUAGGAGAUUUGCCUGAGUUAUUAAAUGAAAUUAUACAAUAUUCUCAUCAUGAUUAUAAAACAUUAUAUUCAUGUAUAUUGGUUAAUAGAUUAUGGUGUCGUUUAACAAUUCCAUUAUUAUGGGAAGAUCCAUUUUCAAUUAAAUGUUCUAAAAAUUAUAAAUUUAUUGAAAUAUAUUUAUAUAAUUUGAAUGAUAAUAAUAAAGCAAUAUUAGAUGAAUAUGUAACUCUUAAUAAUUUAUUUCAUUCACAUACAUUAUUUAAUUAUCCUAGUUUUAUUAAACGUUUAAAUAUACAAAACAUUAGUUCUUCUGUUAAAAAGUGGAUUAAAAAUCAACCUUCCAACUUUAUUAAAGAUACCUUUCAAAUGUCAGACUUUAUAAAAUUAAUUAAUAGGUCACUAAUAUUAUUAUUUAUUGAAAAUGAAGUAAAUUUGUGCAGUUUGGAAAUUUCAAUAGAAUAUUAUCAAGAACAUGAAUAUUCUGAUACUCUUGAAUUAAUUUUACAAAAUCCAAAUUUCAUUUGUAAUAUCAAAAAUUUAACACUUGAAUUUGAAGAAAUAGCUGAUAAUAUGACAAAAUUUUUAACAUUUAUUUAUUCUAAUUGUAAUUCAAUUUCAUCACUUUAUUUUCUAUUUCCUGAUGAUUAUCCAACAAUUGAAAAAGGUUUAUCACAAUUCAUUAAUUCUCAAGAAAAUCUUAAAAAGAUUUUAAUUGGUUUUAAUUAUUUCCCCUUAUACCAUUCAUUAUUUUCUUUAAAAAAUUCUAAUUGUUCAAAUACUUUAAAUACAAUUACAUUUUAUUAUAUUGAUUUUUAUAAUAUAAUUGUUUUAAAUGAAGUAUUCAAUCAAUUGAAUGUUUUAGAAUCAAUUCAUUUUAUCUAUUGUUAUUCUCUAGAUUCUAAGUUUGUUCAACAAAUUGUUAGUAUUACUAAGCCAUUUAAAUUAAAAUCCUUAUUUUUGGAUGAAAUAUUACAAAUUGAAUCUUUAGAAUUGUUAAUGAAAAAAUCUGGUGAUUCUUUAGAAAAUUUUGGAAUUAAUAUAUAUAGAUCACAACAAUUGCUUCAAUUAUUUGAAUUAGCUAUAAAAUAUUGUAGCAACAUUAAAUUUUUAUACUUAUAUGUUGGGUUAAAUGAUCAGAUUAUUAAUUUAAUGUUCAAUUUAAUUGAAAAUAUUAAAAAGAAUCUUAAUUAUCUUUUAAUUGAUUGUUAUGGUUUUGAUUAUAAUAACCAUUUUAGUUCAACUAUAUUACAAAAUUUAGGACAAAUUCUACCUUUUAAAUUGGAAAGUUUGAAUUUAAGUCUUGCGAUCAUCAAUGGAAGUGAUUUAAAAGUAUUCUUAAAAAAUUCUCAAAAUACUUUUAUUAAGAAAUUGGUAAUUAGAAGUAAAAAGAAAGAAAAAAUUGAAGAUUUUCUCCCUUAUAUAGAGGAAUAUAUUAUUAAAAAGAAAAGAGUCGAAUAUUUAGCUAUUUUAGGAAAAGGUGAAGAUUUGUUUUCUCUAAAAGAUAAAGUGAAGGAAUUUGAAUUAUAUGGUAUUCAAGUUUUAUAUUAUUCCGAUUUAUGUAUUAAUAUUGAUCAUUUUAUAAAAGAAUUUUAUUUAUAAUAAUAACAUGAACAUAAUUCAAUAAAGUAUUUAUAAUUAUUAGGUU